GAAGCCGCAAUUGGCGCCCGCUGCGUCAGGCCGUGGAGGUUGAGCCAGUGGGUGGAUUGUCAAACUGUCUGCUCCAAUGCUUUACAGCGUGUUGUUCUUCAUUGAUUGAUUCAUUCACAUCUUCACCUUGAAGUUAUGGCCGGGAAAGUAAAGUGGGCGACAGACAUCGAGAAAUCAGUGCUUGUGAAUAAUUUUGAGAAGAGGGGCUGGAUUCAGACAUCUACUGAAGAGGACUGGAACUUCUAUUGGAUGAGUGUACAGACAAUUCGAAAUGUUUUCAGCAUUGAAAAUGGCUACCGUCUGAACGAUGACCAAAUUGCGAAUCAUUUUCCAAACCAUUAUGAACUGACACGGAAGGAUCUGAUGGUAAAGAAUAUCAAGCGCUAUCGUCGAGAGUUAGAGAGGGAUGCAAGCCCACUUGUGGAGAAGGAUGAAAAUGGCAAAUAUGUUCAUUUAGAUUUUAUCCCAGUUACAUUCAUGCUGCCUGGCGAUUACAAUUUGUUUGUUGAGGAGUUUCGAAAGAACCCAACUAGUACUUGGAUAAUGAAACCAUGUGGAAAAGCUCAGGGAAAAGGAAUUUUCCUCAUCAAUAAACUUUCUCAGAUCAAGAAGUGGUCACGAGACAGUAGGACAACUACAUUUAUAGCACCUGCUGGGAAAGAGGCAUAUGUCAUUUCAUUGUACAUAGACAACCCACUGCUGAUUGGUGGAAAGAAGUUUGAUCUACGUUUGUAUGUGUUAGUGACCUCCUAUCGACCGCUGAAGUGUUACAUGUAUCGGCUUGGAUUUUGUCGAUUUUGCACGAUGAAGUACACACCAAGCACCAGUGAAUUAGAUAACAUGUUUGUUCAUCUUACAAAUGUGUCUGUACAGAAACUGGGGGGUGAUUAUAAUCCUGUACAUGGUGGGAAAUGGUCGGUCAGUAAUCUGAGGCUGUAUCUGGAGAGCACACAGGGGAAGGAGGUGACUGAUAAACUCUUCGAUGACAUUCACUGGAUUGUUGUUCACUCACUGAAAGCCGUGGCACCAGUAAUGAUUAAUGAUCGGCACUGCUUUGAAUGUUAUGGUUAUGACAUCAUCAUCGAUGACAAACUGAAACCUUGGCUCAUUGAGGUGAACGCUUCACCUUCACUUUCUUCUACCACUGCCAAUGAUCGCAUUCUGAAAUACAACCUCAUCAAUGACACCUUAAACAUUGUUGUACCAAAUGGUGAAUUACCAGACAGCAAGUGGAGCAGAUGCCCACCGAAGGAAGCACUUGGAUACUAUGAGCUCCUAUACGAUGAAGAGCUGGCACAAAAUGAAGGUAUGGAAUGUGAAGGGAAACCUCGUUUGGGACCACCUCUAAAUAAAGGCAUUCGGCAGAAAGAUACUAGGAAGCCAUUUUCAACUUGGAAAUAAAAUUGAACAGAUGCACAAACAUAACGAUAUACUUACUUGUUCUCACACAUUCAUGAAGCACAAUGCCAUUCCAAUUACAGUGUUAAAGUCAAGCAUCCAAGAGCUUUUUUUUCUAAAGUGAAUUGACAUGUAGUAAGUUUGACAAUGUUGGGCCUAAAGUAUUCCAACCCACUCUUCCUAAAUACCAGGUUAUCACCACUCAACCAAGUAUUAAAACUAUGCAAAGCAAAAAUAUUAAAUUAAUAUUUAAGACCAAAAAGCAAAUGAAAAGUACUUUUGUCUACAUAAUGUAGAUUUUGUCUUUUAAACACAAGGGAGGAUGAUGCUGCAAAUCUGUGUCAAUAGCUGUAAAAUGACAUAAUUAUAAGGGAUUGUGGCAAAAUUAUAGAAAUACCAAAUCUGGCAUGAAGUGAACAUUAAUUUGCUUGUUAGCCAAUUUUCCAAAGUCCGUUUUGAAGCUGCUGUAUUGACUUUUUUUUCCAAAAUGGUGCAGAAAUUAUUUACAUCACAAUACUGCAGUGCCUUUUAUCAUAACAGCUGGAAUGGAACUUAAGGUAUAUUUGAAACUAUUGUACUUAACAGGAAGCAGUCUGAAAAUGUAUUCAAAAUGUAUUUAUGAAAGUAUUCUGGUAUUUUAGAAGCUUUAAACAAUUCCUUAUACUUGUUAAUGAUACCAAUGGCCUCUAACCAUGACUACGGUUUUGAAAUCUGCUGAGACAUUGCAGAUGUCCAGAAAUGUGGUUUUGAGUUUGCAGUGUUUUAUUUAUUUGCAACCAUAAUGUACCUCAUUGAAUCUUGUUCAGUAAUGUUUUACAUUAUUUAUCCAGCUCUUACAAGUAUUAUUUAACUUUGGUUAAUGGGAUUACAUUCCCGAGUAAUUGAAUUGUAAAAUUGCAACAAAAGAUCACCCCAUUACUGUUUGCAAGAGUAAUACAUACAAUUGUAAAUAAACACUGUGCUGGCA